ACCAGCUUUUUUGAGGCUUCGUGUCAACAUCGCCAGCUUCAACCCGCAUGAGCAAGCAAUAUCCCCGCCUGCAAAGCCCAAUUGCGCGAAGAGCAGCCUGUAUCUGAGCUAUAGUUCCGUUCCAUGGCGGAUUUUGCGCCGAUUCCAAUUGCCUGCUCCUGAGUAUCGCGAACCGCCAAUAUUUCUCCCGUCUGUCUACGUCCCAGCUCUGCAGCUCCAGAUAGUAAACAUUGCCGAUCCAUUCUAGAGCUGCUUUCGACAUAUCACCGGCAAGAUGAAUAUUUUCCGGGUAUUAGCCGAUUUAUCCCAUCUGAUCUCGAUUUUCAUCUUAUUGCAUAAGAUGAAAUCUUCGAGCAGUUGUUCAGGCCUGUCGUUCAAGUCCCAAGCAUUAUACCUCCUUGUUUAUAUUACACGAUAUCUUGAUAUUUUUUGGACUUUCACUCUUUCAGCUUACAAUACUAUUUUCAAAAUCCUUUUUAUUGCUUCCUCAGCGUAUACGAUUUAUCUCAUGAUUAAUGACUACAAACCAACUCAAGACCCCAAUCUCGAUACUUUCAAAGUCCAAUAUCUUCUAGGUGCCAGCGCUGUUCUGGGCAUCCUUUUUCCAUAUUCUUAUACACCUUCCGAGAUCUUAUGGGCGUUCUCUAUCUGGCUUGAAUCCGUCGCCAUCUUACCCCAGCUGUUCAUGCUUCAACGAACUGGUGAAGCCGAGACCAUCACGACUCAUUACCUCUUCGCUCUAGGCAUGUACCGCGCGCUGUAUAUCCCCAACUGGAUUUACCGGUAUUUCAUGGAAGGGCGCACGGACCCAAUUGCCGUCAUUGCAGGGAUCCUUCAAACAAUCCUCUACUCCGAUUUCUUCUGGAUUUACUAUAGCAAGUCAGUUUUCCCUAAUCCUUAAAUGCAAGACAUGCAAGGCUUUCUGACUUGGUUGAAAACACAGGGUCCUUAAAGGAAAGAAGUUCUCGUUGCCCGUAUAAAUCGAAUAAAGGCCGGAACUGGGCUCAGGUCAAACAUGCGGAACGGCGGUCGAGCAAUGGUUUUAUAUGGGGCGUUCAAAACGACUACGGGAAAUGAACUUACCUUGUGAUGCAAAGCUCUGUUCGCUUUAUCGCUUGACGAAGGUAUAGAUUUGUACGGAUGGUCGGCUAUUAUCUUUUUAAUUCACAGUGUAAACAAUCACCACCUUGUUUUUGGUGUCAUUUCUCCAUAAUGUUUUUGCUUUUCACUUUUGAUGUUGCUUUUAGAAAUGAACGCUGCACAAUC